CUGUCUCUCCUGUGGGUCUGUCUGUCUGUCGGUCGGCCUGCCUGUCUGUCUCUCCUGUGUGGGUCCUGAGACUCCAGCUGGUUCCAGAGUGCCAUGGGUGUGGCCACUAAAGAACCACGUGAGCCUUGCUGCUCCAAAUUCAAGAUGUUCCUGAUGUCGAUGUCGUUCGUCUACUUUGCUAAGGCGUUCGGGGGCGCCUACAUGAAGAGUUCGGUGACGCAGAUCGAGAGGCGCUUCGACAUCCCUAGCUCCAUCAUCGGGGUCAUCGACGGCAGCUUCGAAGUUGGUAACCUGCUGGUCAUCUGCUUCGUGAGCUACUUCGGGGCGAAGAUGCAUCGGCCGCGGCUCAUCGGAGCAGGAUGCCUCAUCAUGGCCGCCGGAGCGUUCUGCACCGCCCUGCCACACUUUGCUCAGGGACCGUAUAAGUAUGAGACGACCAUCUCCCAGUCUGUGGACGUCAACUCUAGCCAGACCAUCCUGCCGUGUCUCAGCAGUGCAGAGCAGGCCAAACAGGACGAGCCACCGUCCGCUCAGAACCAAGCAGAGUGUGAGAAAGCAUCCGGCUCUACCAUGUGGAUCUACGUGUUCAUGGGCAACAUGCUGCGGGGCAUCGGGGAGACUCCCAUCAUGCCCCUGGGGGUGUCCUACCUGGAUGACUUCGCCCGCGAGGAGAACACCGCCUUCUACCUGGCCUGCAUCCAGACGGUGGGAAUCAUGGGUCCCAUGUUUGGUUACCUUAUGGGGUCCUACUGUGCAAAAAUCUAUGUGGACAUCGGCACUGUGGAUUUAGAUACGGUGGCGAUUGACCAUAAGGACUCCCGCUGGGUGGGCGCCUGGUGGAUGGGCUUCAUCAUCUCGGGCAGCAUCAUGCUCCUCGCUGGCAUCCCCUUCUGGUUCCUGCCCAAGUCUCUGCCCAAGCAGGGGCAGGGGCACAGCAAAAAGGCCAGCGAUGGGGUGCCACUCGAGGAGCAGGGCAACUUCCUGCCCCAGGAGGGUAACAAGGAGGCAGCCGCCGCCAAAGUGGAGCCUCCUGUGUCCAUGGCAGCAAUGGCUAAAGACUUCGUGCCCUCGCUGCGUAGGCUGUUCAGUAACUCCGUGUUCAACCUCAUCAUCUGCACGUCUCUGGUGGCAGUCAACGGCUUCAUCGGAAUGAUCACCUUCAAGCCCAAGUUUAUAGAGCAGACCUAUGGGAAGUCCCCCUCAAAGGCCAUCUUCCUCAUAGGCAUGUUUAAUCUACCCGCCGUGGCACUGGGCAUCAUCACGGGCGGCCUGAUCAUGAAGCGCUUCAAACUGAGCGUGCUCGGUGCGGCCCGGAUCUCGCUCACCGCCUCCUUCUUCUCCUUCUGCUUGAUGCUGUCACAGUACUUCAUGCAGUGUGACAACUCUCUGGUUGCAGGGCUCACCAUCAACUACCAGGGUCUUCCAGAGGUGUCGUAUGAGCAGAGCUCUCUGCUGUCCCAGUGCAACAGCGGCUGCUCCUGCUCCAUAAAGCACUGGGACCCGGUGUGUGCCCACAACGGCAUCACCUACGCCAGCCCGUGCCUGGCAGGGUGCCAGACGUCCACCGGACUCGGCAAAGAGAUGAUCUUCCAUAACUGCUCGUGUGUGUCCGAGGUGCCAACGCCGCCUGCCAACGUGUCGGUCAGCCUGGGCCAGUGCCCGCGCAAGGACGACUGCGCCAACAUGUUCAUGUGGUACAUGGGCGUGUCUGUGGUGGGGGCCUUUGUGUCCGCCUGUGGGGCCUCACCUGGCUACAUUGUCCUGCUCAGAUCCAUAGCUCCUGAUCUGAAGGCACUAGCUCUGGGGAUGCAGACUCUCAUAGUCAGGACCCUCGGGGGGAUCCCUCCGCCGAUCUACUUUGGGGCGCUGAUCGACCAGACGUGUCUGAAGUGGGGCGUCAAGAGGUGCGGCGGGCAGGGAGCCUGCAGGAUCUACGACACCGACGCCUUCAGGUCUCGUUUCCUGGGGCUGAUCUACGGGCUGUAUGCCCUGUCCUACUUGCUGUGGGCCGUGCUGUACCGCACGCUGGUGAAGAGGCACCGCAAGCUGGCACAGAGGGCCCUGGCCAACGGGCAAGCCGCCGGGCAGGCCAACGGGCAGGAUGCCAACGGGCAGGAUGCCAGCGGGCAGGGCGCCAACGGCGACGGCGGGCAGAGCAAAGAGGAGCUGAAGAGUGAGACCUCCAUCUGAGACGCUCCGGCGAAAGACUGGUGCUUAAAGGUGUAGCGUGGCGUGUACAUUGGUUGUUAUCAAAAACAAAGCUGUUGACAUGAGGAGCCUCCAUCUGAGGGGCUCAGGGGAAGGACUGGUACUUAUUAAAGGAGUAGCGUGUACGUUUUAUGUUCUCAAAAACAAAGCUGUUGGCGAGUGGACCAUGAGAGGGACACUUUCCUGCAUCAUGUUUGUCAACUAUGCAUUUCUGACAGAAAUCUCUAUUGCAUCACACUGCCAAGUUGGCCAAUCAGAGCAUGGCUGGCCAAUCAGCAGUGCUGGUUCAUUUCCAUGGUUACAUACCUUUGCUGUUGCUGUUGCUGUUCCUGCAAAGUCAGUGUUUCAACCAGAAGUGGACAUCCCAGCUUCAAAGUAAAAGUCCUACCACAUAUUGGUUCUACCAGUGCACUUAACCCAAGUGAUAUAACCGUUUUAUGCUAAUUAGGAUCAGCUGAUUUAACCCAUGUGCUUAAGGAUGUCUAAGUUUAAAAAAAAACGUGUAACUAAUCGCCUCUCAGCCAGCCUUACGGCCCUGAGAGAAUUUGCCCCUAAAUGAAUAGCUGGAACUGAUAGCUGGGUAUCCAUUUUAAAAGUGCGCUCAUUUGACUCAAUUGUGCGCUUGUUUUACGACAUGAAAAGAGCACCAUUAAGUAAAGUUUAGUCAAACAAGAGCGAUUUAGAAAAACAUGUGCACGAUUUACUGAAAUGAGCACACAAUCCAAAUGAGAGCACAGUUUAGUGAGAAUUCAAUUUUGUGAAAUGUGUGCAUGCUUUUGUAAAAAAUGAGUUU